GAAAAGCUUUCAAAGAACUGUCCUUAAGGUUCCCUGGCCGAAACUGCAGGCUAGAUUUACGCGAUACGACGUUCAGGAGCGCAAACCAGUAAGGCUAUAGUUACGAAAAGCCCCCUCCCCUCCCCAUUUCCUCGCGCUCAAAGCCUAGCUGUCCACGCGCCUUGGCCCGUCCCUUUCGGCGAGAAUAUCCCUCCCUCUCUGACGGCGCGCGCUUCUCGCUGCCCAAUGGAGGAGGCGGGGAUGCUGUGCGGACUGCGGGCGGGAUGGGGGCGCAGCAGAGCUGCAGCCGGCCCGGGACAAGCGCUUUGCACGGUUAACGGCGGCGGCUGCUGCGGGGACAGCCGCGCGCUCGGCAGGGAGUGCGAGCUGGAAGCAGGGGCAGGCGCCGGAGGAACCACCGAGGCUCUGGCGGGCUGGGAUGAAGCGGGGGGCGGGCGGCUGUGGGGCCAAAUAGCUUCCCGCGGAGGCGGCGGUAGCGGAAGAAGAGGCAACGACGGCUGCUGCUAUUGCUGCUGCGCGGAGGAGGCUGAGGGCGGCAGGGCGGAGGCUGAGGGCGGCAGGGCGGUGGUCUUCUCUGCGUCCGCCGCCGGGGAGUGGGGCUCGGAGCAGCUCGGCGGCGGAGCGACAGCUGGAGGAGGGAUGGCGGCUCCCCAGGGCUACCCGCUCUCGGACCCGGGCUCCAACAGCGAGCGCAGCGCCGACUCGCCUUUGCCCGACGACGGCGGCUCGUCCUCGGCGGGCCCGGCCCGCGCCCACUCAGCCAGCCCCGAGUGGGGCGAGGAGAGGUUCCGCGUGGACAGGAAGAAACUGGAGGCCAUGCUGCAAGCUGCUGCUGAAGGAAAAGGCAAAAGUGGAGAAGACUUUUUUCAGAAGAUUAUGGAAGAAACAAACACCCAAAUUGCUUGGCCAUCUAAGCUGAAGAUUGGUGCAAAAUCAAAGAAAGAUCCUCAUAUUAAAGUCUCUGGGAAAAAGGAAAAUGUUAAAGAAGCUAAAGAGAAGAUCAUGUCUGUUUUGGACACAAAAAGUAAUCGAGUCACCCUGAAGAUGGAUGUAUCCCACACAGAGCAUUCUCAUGUGAUUGGCAAAGGAGGAAAUAACAUUAAGAAAGUGAUGGAGGAAACAGGUUGCCACAUCCAUUUCCCAGAUUCUAAUAGAAAUAACCAAGCAGAAAAAAGCAAUCAAGUGUCGAUUGCGGGGCAGCCAGCUGGAGUUGAGUCUGCCAGAGUUAGAAUACGGGAGCUGCUCCCAUUGGUACUGAUGUUUGAAUUACCUAUAGCUGGAAUCCUUCAACCAAUCCCUGAUCCCAGUUCUCCUACGAUUCAGCACAUAUCACAGACAUAUAACAUUUCAGUAUCCUUUAAACAGCGUUCUCGGACAUAUGGGGCUACAGUCAUCAUCAGAGGAUCUCAGAAUAAUGCUAGUUCUGUGAAGGAAGGAACAGCUAUGCUUUUGGAGCACCUGGCUGGAAGCUUGGCUUCUGCAAUCCCUGUGAGCACACAGCUAGAUAUAGCAGCUCAACAUCAUCUCUUUAUGAUGGGUCGGAAUGGCAGCAACAUCAAACAUAUAAUGCAGAGAACUGGUGCUCAGAUCCAUUUCCCCGAUCCCAGUAAUCCACAGAAGAAAUCCACAGUCUACCUCCAGGGCACUAUUGAGUCAGUCUGUCUUGCCCGACAGUAUCUCAUGGGCUGCCUUCCUCUUGUGUUGAUGUUUGAUAUGAAGGAAGAAAUUGAUGUAGAACCACACUUUAUAACUGAGCUAAUGGAGCAGCUAGAUGUUUUCAUUAGUAUUAAACCAAAGCCAAAGCAACCAAGCAAGUCUGUAAUUGUAAAAAGUGUCGAGCGAAAUGCCUUAAAUAUGUACGAGGCACGAAAAUGUCUCCUGGGCCUUGAAAGCAGCGGAGUCCCCAUAGCAGCAAGCCCAUCCACGGUAUCAUGUCCUGUUGGCCUAUCAUGUCCUGGUUUGGAUAUCCUAUCCUCAGCUGGGCUUGGACUUACUGGACUCGGUCUUCUGGGUCCAACAGCCUUGUCUGUCAACACGUCUGCUACUCCAAAUUCUCUGUUAAAUGCUCUCAAUAGUUCUGUUAGUCCUUUGCAAAGUCCAAGUUCCGGCACACCUAGCCCAACAUUGUGGGCAUCUUCAAUUACCAAUACAACUGCUACAGGCUUCUCUGCUAUUCCCCAUCUGAUGAUGCCAUCUACUGCCCAAGCCACUUUAACCAGUAUUCUUCUAUCAGGAGUGCCAAACUAUAGCCAGAACACACCAUCUCCCCCUCCUGGCUUGACCCCUGUCGAUAUUCAUGUUAACGGCAUGCAAGCAGAAAACAAGAAAAGCCCAACUUCUUUAAAUGGUCAUGUAAAGACCUCAACUAUGAAGUAUACUGCAUCACUUGGUGAAAAUGUAUUAGGUCCAAACCACAGUGAUCCAUCCAGGCAGACAAGUAGCCAUAGUGCCUCAGAACAAGUGACCACCAAGGCAAAUGCUGGCGAAGGUUGCAAUGAUGCUUUUGUCGAAGUGGGCAUGCCAAGAAGUCCUUCACAUUCAGCAAAUGCCAGUGAUCUCAAACAAAUGAUGAGUUCCUCCAAACAAUCCUGUGCAAAGAGGCAAACAGUAGAGCUAUUGCAAGGCACCAAAAACUCUCACUUACACACCACAGAGAGGUUGCUUUCAGAUUCUGAGCUGAGUGCUUCAGAGAACCCAGUGGCUGAUAAAAAAGCACCUGGAAGUGAACGAGCAGCUGAGAGGGCGGCAGCAGCCCAGCAGAACUCUGAAAGAGCACGUCUUGCCCCACAGUCGUCAUACAUGAAUAUGCAGGCAUUUGACUAUGAACAGAAGAAGCUAUUGGCAACCAAAGCUAUGUUAAAAAAGCCAGUUGUUACAGAGGUGAGGACACCAACAAACACGUGGAGUGGGCUUGGGUUCUCCAAAUCAAUGCCAGCUGAAACAAUCAAGGAAUUAAGAAGAGCUAACCAUGUGCCAUACAAACCAUCUAUGUCAACAACUUAUGAGGGUUCAUCAAUGUCUCUCUCACGAUCCAACAGCCGGGAACAUCUAGGAAGUGGUAGUGACUCUGAUAACUGGAGAGACCAUAAUGGCAUUGGUCCUACAGCUCCUGGCGACUUUGUUUCUUCCAUUGGCAGCCCUAAACGGAAACAAAAUAAAUCAACUGAACAUUAUCUCAGCAGCAGCAAUUACAUGGACUGCAUCUCCUCGCUAACAGGAAGCAAUGGCUGUAACUUGAACAGCCUAUUUAAGGGAUCUGACCUGCCUGAGCUGUUCAGCAAACUGGGUUUGGGCAAAUACACAGACAUAUUCCAGCAACAAGAGAUUGAUCUUCAGACAUUCCUCACUCUCACAGAUCAGGAUCUGAAAGAGCUUGGAAUUACUACUUUUGGUGCACGAAGGAAAAUGCUGCUUGCAAUCUCAGAACUGAAUAAAAACCGAAGAAAACUGUUUGACCCCUCCAAUGUCCGUGCCUCAUUCCUGGAAGGCGGCGCUAGUGGAAGACUGCCACGUCAGUAUCAUUCGGACAUUGCUAGUGUGAGUGGCCGCUGGUAGCAGUAAAUUGAGGCUCUCGCAGUCAACUGCGCAAAUGGACAUGGCAAUCCUGUGGACAGCCAUCACUGCACACAACCCUCUGCACUUUGGGAGUUUAGGUACCAAGGACCAAAGCCUUCUUUUUCUGCACGGAAACGUGCCAAAAAAGAGAGAGAACACUUGUCUCUUUCUGAACACCAAAUGUGGAUUAUGUUUUACUCAUGUAGAUUGGACAGAAUUUGCAAUAAUGAUAAUAUAGGGUUCUUUGUUUAGUAUUUUAUUACUUAUAAUAACUAUAUUGUAUGCACUGAAUUUUUUUACUUCUUUGAAUGGAAAGUGAAGGGCUGGGAUGCCAGAGGGGCAUAGCAUGUGGUUUUUAUCAAGAAGGUAUUUCUGGUACUGCUUAAUAAUUAAUUGAGGUCUUUCUGCACUUUACGUGUUCUGAUUGCUUGUCCUGUGGAAAUUUUACUGUUUUCCUCUUUAAUUUCCAUGGAAGAAAAUAUUGUAUUGGCACUAAUCAGCAUUUACCAGGCGUGUUCCCACAUUAGAUGAACAUUAUUGCCAUAAACGGUACUAGCAAAUUUAAUUUUGAUUAUUAUUUUCCUUAAACACUUUUAGAGAAGUCUUCAACAAUCAGGUCUCAACCCUGACUCAACUCUCUUUUCACUUUUGGGAGGCAGUCUAAGAAAUCCUUGCAAUUAAGCUUGCACAUUGUAAAAGAUGCAAUGAAAGACCAAAAUGGACAUUAUUGCCAUCACUUAAUCCUAUUUAGCUACUUCCUGUAAAGCUAAAACUGAUUUUAAUGGUUGUCUCAAAGCAAAUGACUAUUUUAGUAUAUAUUGCCACUAAAAGACACUUUAUAGCAAA